AUGUCAUUCCUCUUCAAAUAUUCUGCAGUCCUGCAGACCAUCAAGGCGCGUGAGCACUGUCAUAGAUUAGAGAGAGAGAAGAAGAAGGCAUUCAAGCAUGAGGAGACAGAUUGCAAGACACAUUAUGAUGCCUUGAAGAGGCUCUGCAAGAGAGCAGAAUGA